GACAAAGGAGGCGGCCGGCAGCCCAGCUGUUUUGAAAAAUGCUUCCUGUUUCUUUAAAGGCGCUCGUGGCUCGGGCGGCCGGCGCUGGGGAGGCGGCGGCGGCGGGAGCUGCCUCCUCUCCGGGCGGCGGCGCUGACUGAUCUCGCGAACUGGGCUUCUGUGUAAACUGAGGCUAAACAAACACAGAUGGAGCGCAGCGGGCGUUCUCCAGAAAUGCUGGCAAGGCGGCAGCGACUUCAGAUGACACUCUGAGCGCUCCGGGAACGGACAGCCCGGCGGCUUCGCGGAGCCGGCGGCGCAGCUGCCCCGGGCGAGGGGGAGAGAGGGAGGGAGGAGGGCGGGCGCGAGAAGGGGGAGAGCCCGAGACUCCCAGGCGCUGAGCGCGGCGGCGGCCCGGGCAGAGCCGGCGCGCAGCGUGCAGAGCGAGCGCGGCGGGCGCGCGGCCCGGGCAGCCCCACGCCCCUGCCUCUCGCGCUGCCCGCGCCAUGAAGCACAUCCCGGUUCUCGAGGACGGGCCGUGGAAGACCGUGUACGUGAAGGAGCUGAACGGCCUCAAGAAGCUCAAGCGGAAAGGCAAGGAGCCGGCGCGGCGCGCGAACGGCUAUAAAACUUUCCGAUUGGACUUGGAAGCGCCCGAGCACGGCGCCACCGCCACCAACGGGCUGCGCGACAGGACCCAGAGGCUGCAGCCGGUCGCGGCCCCGGUGCCAGCCCCGGCGGCGCCGGCGGUUCCCUCAGGUGGGGGUGCGGACCCAGCCGGGGAGCGCCGGGGCGCCCGAGCGCCGGAGGUCUCGGACGCGCGGAAACGCGGCUUCGCCUUGGGCGCAGUGGGGCCGGGACUCCCCACGCCGCCGCCGCCGCCGCCGCCACCGCCGCCGGUUCCAGCGUCCCAGGGCCAAGUACCUGGGGGUCCCGAGGCGCAGCCUUUCCGGGAACCCGGCCUGCGUCCCCGCAUCUUGCUGUGCGCACCGCCUGCACGCCCCACGCCGUCGGCGCCCCCUGCGCCCCCGGAGUCUUCAGUGCGCCCGGCGGCCCCCACGCGCCCCGGGGAAAGUUCUUACUCGUCAAUUUCACACGUAAUUUACAAUAACCACCCGGAUUCCUCCGCGUCGCCUAGGAAACGGCCGGGCGAAGCGACCACCGCCGCUUCGGAGAUCAAAGCCCUGCAGCAGACCCGGAGGCUCCUAGCGAACGCCAGGGAGCGGACGCGGGUGCACACGAUCAGCGCAGCCUUCGAGGCGCUCAGGAAGCAGGUGCCGUGUUACUCAUAUGGGCAGAAGCUGUCCAAACUGGCCAUCCUGAGGAUUGCCUGUAACUACAUCCUGUCCCUGGCGCGGCUGGCUGACCUUGACUACAGUGCCGACCACAGCAACCUCAGCUUCUCCGAGUGUGUGCAGCGCUGCACCCGCACCCUGCAGGCCGAGGGACGUGCCAAGAAGCGUAAGGAGUGACUGGCCCCGGUCUAGACCCAGGAUGCUUCCGUGGGCCCUCGUUCUGGUCAAGCCCGAGGAGAAGGUGAGCUCUCCAAGUCCAGCCUUGUCUUCUCCAGGAUUCCACCAGAUGCUCAGACCACUGCCUCUCAGGGUGGGGCAGGGGCACACCUGCCUCCCUCUUGCCCUCCUGUCCCCCCUCAGCCACUCUGGUGACUCUGCACUUUGCCCUCGGCCUGGUGGGGAGGGGAGAGCAAAGCCUCCCCCUUGCCCAGGGCCUGAGGCCCCUGUCUGGCUGCAGAAAUUCAUUGCCAAAGAUUCCACAGAGACACUGAAGAAAUGGUGGUGACAAAACCCCAUGGCAAAAAGCCACCCCAUUGCUCUAGGACUUUUGCUCCUCCUGUUGCCCGAGUUCCAUCUCAAGCCAAAGACGAGUCAGCGAUCCCACAGGAAACUCGUGGAAGGGAUGGACAUUUGGUGACCAUUGGAAGCACUCGACCCUCUGACCUGGCACUCUCUUUCUACGCUGGGUCCUGAGCUGGCUGGGUACAAGAUAAGCCUUCUGGGGGCUGUGAGAGGGGGCUGGGGGUGCUUAUAUGGAGUGGGAUGUGAGAUCCUGGCCCUCUUCUCUCCUUCCCACUGGCUGCCUAGGCCUCUGACCCUGAUUGUCAGUGUUCUGGUCCAGGCUUCUUGGGCCCUGAGCAUCAUGGCAAGGGAGUAAGGGGGAAAAGAAACCAAUUUGACCACCCCGUACCCCACCCCAGGGUCUUGUCCCCCAAGGUGACCAGCCUAAAGGGUCUUUGCUCCCCAGCCAGCCCAGCCAGCCACUCCUUGCCCAUGGCCCACCCUCCUGGCUGGGAAAACAAGAUGGUGCCCUGCAUGAAGGCCAGUCGUCUGUUCCCGGUUAUGCAGGGGGUGGGCAGAGGGAAGGAAGGGACCAGGGAAAUGGGCCAGUAAGGUGGCGAGGGGCAUGUUCAAAGCCAAGGCCUAUUCCUUCCUUGUGCUCAAAAGGCCAAAGCUGUUCACAUCUGUGCUCAACCAUCUGCUUCAAAUUGAAGUAAAAGCCCAAACAUGUAAAGAAAACA